AUGGGUCUGGCCGAGAAUCAGGUCUCGUUUGAUCUUCUAGAGUCUUACUUAGAGAAGAAGAAUCCAGAAGGUUCGAUGUGGGGAUCAAAAGGAGCACUUGGUUUCCGAGAAAACGCUCUGUUCCAAGACUACCACGGUCUCAAAUCUUUCAGACAAGCCAUGGCUAGCUUCAUGGAGCAGAUUCGUGGAGGUAAAGCUAGAUUCGAUCCCGACCGGAUCGUCCUCACCGCCGGAGCCACCGCCGCUAACGAACUCUUAACUUUCAUCCUCGCCGAUCCCAACGACGCCCUUCUCGUCCCCACACCGUACUAUCCAGGAUUCGAUAGAGACUUGAGAUGGAGAACCGGAGUGAAAAUUGUACCGAUCCAUUGCGACAGCUCCAACCAUUUCCAGAUAACCCCGGAGGCACUCGAGUCGGCAUGCCAAACGGCUCAUGACGCGAACAUUAGAGUCCGGGGAGUUCUCAUAACCAACCCAUCGAACCCAUUAGGUGCGACGGUCCAAAAGAAGGUUCUGGAAGAUCUCCUCGACUUCUGCGUACGCAAGAACAUUCACCUGGUCUCAGAUGAGAUCUACUCUGGCUCCGUCUUCCACGCCUCCGAGUUCACCAGCGUAGCUGAGAUUGUCGAGAACAUCGAUGACGUGACAGUCAAGGAACGUGUUCACAUCGUCUACAGCUUCUCCAAGGAUCUUGGUCUUCCCGGUUUCCGUGUCGGGACCAUCUACUCGUACAACGAUAGUGUUGUCCGGACAGCGAGAAGGAUGUCGAGCUUCACGCUUGUCUCGUCGCAGACACAACACAUGUUGGCUUCUAUGUUGUCGGAUGAAGAAUUCACGGAGAAGUACAUUAGGAUCAACCGGGAAAGGCUUUUGAGACGGUACGAGACAAUUGUGGAAGGGCUUAAGAAGGCAGGGAUCGAGUGUUUCAAGGGAAACGCAGGGCUGUUUUGUUGGAUGAAUUUGAGUUUCUUGCUCGACAAGAAAACGAAAGACGGGGAGCUCGAGCUUUGGGACGUGAUCCUGAAGGAGUUGAAGCUGAAUAUAUCGCCGGGGUCUUCGUGCCAUUGCUCGGAGUAUGGAUGGUUUAGGGUUUGUUUCGCUAAUAUGAGUGAGAACACUUUGGAGAUUGCGUUGAAGAGAAUACAUGAGUUCAUGGACCAACGAAGGAGGUUUUUAAUUAUUUAA